UUAGUUUUAAUUUAGUCAAUAAUCACAUAAACACCUAUAUAUUUUUCAUAGCGUCAAUGACCAAUAUUUUUACAAAUAUGAUCCCAUCAGAGGAUUUGGUUAAAGUAGUUAACAGCGUCCAGUGCAUUGAAUCACUUUUAAUUCUGCAGGCCUGAGAUGGCUGGAGUCCCAUUCGGGCGAAGUCCGAGUGCUGAGACUACAAUAUCUUUUUGACACGACAGUGACUGUCAGACGGAGAUGACACUCGCUGAGUGAGAUGUUACAUCACGGUGGAAUCGCACUCUCGCAACAUUUAGAAAGCAGAAUUUUUGUUCAGGUCAAUAUUUAUUUCCCAGCGAACUGCAUUUAAAAUAGUCAUUAUCACAUCAUAGUGGGAGCUUGUUCUGUACAAUUGUAUUGCCGGGUUUCCUAUAUUAUAACAAUAAUUACACUUCAAAAAUACAUUAUGACUUUUGCUGUGUUCGCAACCUUUGGAGGUUGUGGAAUGUGCCAUUUAAAUGUCAGUUUGUCAGGCAUAUGCCUUCUGCUACAACAGUGCUUUUUCUUUUGCUGUACUUCUGGACCCUUUCUUCUUAAAAUGUUCAGCCUUCCAACCUAACUCCUACCAGAGCUGAUCGCUUUUGCUUCGUAAUUAAAAUAAUACAUAACCUAGAAGCACCGGUCGCGUUUCCUUUUAUUCUUCCUGUAUCGUGUUCACACUUCGACUCCACUCCAAAGGAGCUUCAACAUUUCCCCCUUUACGUGAAAAGUUUGGGGUUUAUGUUAUUCUAGUAAAGAGGAAAACGAUUGUGAAGUAACUUUUCUUUUAACGUUAUUUGUCAGUAGGAGCUGGCACCCAAACGGCUUUGACUAAAUCUUUCUUCGGAAGAAGUAUUCCUUUCGAAAAUUUCACUUGAAAACAACGUGCCUUUCAUGAUCGGAUAUUGUUGCCAUUUUGUGGGGGGUUAAAUCCGGUUUGACUCCUGUGUGGAACAGGGAAUUGUAAGUGAUGAGGAGACGAUUAACUAAACUCAAAUAGAUUAUCCUUUAUGUACUCGUUCUUUUCUGCAUUAUGUUUAUGCUAAAUUAAAUUAAAAUGUGUCCCAUUUCAACUCAUUCUUUCUCAUGCGUCUUCACAUUAGAUCACAUUUCUGAUUGCAAUCUUCCCGUCUCCUGUAAACUAGACUUUUAAAAGCUCUCACCUAAUUAAUGCUUCUUGAUCUAGAAACGUGAGCUAAUAAACAUCGACGGUCGCAAAGAUCGCUCCAUGCACAGAAGACCGCUUCGUUAUUCGCCAUCCUGGCUGAACCGCCGUACGCAAAUUCCAAACGAAGACAAAAAGAAAAAAGUUUGCUCGAACAAGGUCUUAAAUAAAGCAGGAGAUUUACAUGUGAAGUGACCCAGAACAAAGCUUAGCCCGACUUCUAAACUCACAAGCAGAAGUUUGCCUGCAGGAGGACUGGAUCUCUCGGGGGUUGAUGUCCCGUUUCUGGAGUUGUACCCCGCGAGGUCGUGGGGGAGGGGGGGGGUAAGAGUUGAUGGUUCAUCAGCUCAUUAGUAACAGCGAGAAAAUGUUCAUAAAAACAAGGUAUUUUGUAGUUUGAAGACAAAGAAAGAGAACAGCACACAGCACGUGCAGAGGGAACCGGAGACUAAAAGGGAAGGGUGCGUUCGGAGGGAGGAAAUCUCGGCGGCGUCUACUCACUCAAGUAUAUUUGGAAAGAUCAGCUCCUCAGUCCGAGCAUACCACUUGAAUAAAGACACAAAGUCUAGUUGGAAAUGAAGCAAUCUGAUCCUCGAGUUAUCGUACGGGGUAAUAACAAAUUCCUGGUGCAGCUGUGAGUCUCACGCCUGUUGCUUGGGCUCGGCCCGGCCCUCUUUUGCUUUUCCACCUUCUGGCGGAUUUAUUUCAUGGACGGUUCGUUGACCUGCUGUCGGCCGUGAUACAAUGUCAAAUGUCCAAUGUCCAAUGUCGAUAUGCAUCUCACCGUCUAUCGAAAGACAAUUUCAAACAUCAAGAUACUUACAACUAAACUAUUUACAAAUGGCUAUGUUCUCUAUUGAAAACUCUCUGUAUUUAAAAUAUAAUAUGCACGGUAAAGAAUAAUUCACAAAAUGUUUACAUUUAAAAUUAAAUUUGAGAACAUUUUUUGUUUUCUGUACAAUUAAAUAUUGUCCUUUAACAGUGAUUUCAAAUUGCAAUCAUACUGAUUACUAUAACUUUAUAGUUAUUACGUUGAUAAUAUCUUUUUCAAUAAACUGUGGAUUUUCUGUUCGAAAGUUUAUUCUCGAUUACAGCAAUGUUAUAUCUAGCUUUAAGAGCCCCGUACGAGGACCCCAUUCCCUUUUUCGUGAUUGGCUGAGCGGUGCUCAGUGCUCUUGUGAUUGGCGGCAGGAUUAGUGGUGUCUACGGCGUGCCUGAGAGGCGGGGCUGGGAGGGAGAGCAGGUUAGACCGUCAGUGAGCGAGUGGCGAGCAGAGAGUCAACAACUCCGGGGACUGGGAGGAGAGCGAACUCGCAGCGAGUCAGAGAUCAGAGAAACCGAAUCCAGCGGCUGGAGAAGGCACAUCUGGGUCGCACAUGGACAAGCUACAGCCAAGAUUGAUCUGAGCUUCUGGAGGAGUCUUCUCUCCUCCCGGAGGGAAUCUGCAUAGGAAGAGGAGUCUGGUUGACGGCAGAGGCAGGAGUUGACAAAACGGAGAAAGUGUGCUGCUGGCACAGGGAAAGGUGCAGCUCGAACAGGGGAUACAGUCCUGUCAGCGAAACAUUCCUGCCUUGACCCAGAGGGGCAAUAGGAUUCAGACAGAGGUCUCUAACUCUGGAGGAGCACGUCAAGAAUACAGUUCGGACACAUCGCAUCGAGAGGGCGGUCCAGACACUGAACGAUUCACGGAUUUCUCGGCGAUCUCCUUCUGACUUGCCUUAUCUUAGCCUGGAGAAUGGCUAAAUGGGACUCGCCGUGGAAGUAUUACUGGGGAGUUAUGUUCGCACUGUGCAAGAGCGCGCUGCCGCUAGCCAAGAGUUUGGAGCCUGUCUCCUGGCAUUCCCAGAACCUGAAGUUCCAAGCUGGAAAAGGCCUGGUAUUAUACCCAGAAAUUGGUGACAGACUGGAUAUAAUCUGCCCAAGAGCAACCAAUCAAGGCCAAUAUGAAUAUUACAAGCUGUACUUAGUGACCAAGGCCCAGGCGGAGUCCUGCAGAACUGUCAUCGACCCCCACUUGCUUGUCACGUGUAAUAAACCGGAUAGUGAAAUAAAAUUCACUAUCAAAUUCCAGGAGUAUAGCCCCAAUUACAGAGGGCUAGAAUUCAAAAGGGGCCAGAAUUACUUCAUCAUCUCUACGUCUAAUGGAUCAUAUGAAGGCUUGGAGAACAGAAACGGUGGCGUGUGCAAAACUCGAUUCAUGAAAAUAAUUAUGAAAGUUGGACAAGAUCCAAACACAAGACCACCGCUGAAAGAAAAAGAUCCUACCAAAGCGCCAGGUAAAGGCCAGGACAACACAAUGAAGAACGUUGUCUCCCUCUGGAAAGAGUCAUCUUCAGAAGAGAAUUCUGGGAACACAGCAACCGAUAGUCAGAUUAAAGACAAGCUGAACAACAGCGAAGGAAUCUUUGGCUCCAAAAUGGCACUCUUCGCUGCAAUUGGAGCAGGAUGCAUCAUUUUCAUCCUCAUCAUCAUCUUCCUUGUGGUCCUCUUAAUAAAGUUUAGGAAGCGACAUAGGAAGAGUUCCCAGCAAAGAUCAGCAGUCCUUUCCCUCAACACGUUGGCCAGCCCAAAGUGUAGUGGAAAUAGUGGCUCAGAACCCAGUGACAUCAUAAUUCCACUGAGGACUAAUGAUAACAACUACUGUCCUCAUUAUGAAAAAGUUAGUGGUGACUAUGGCCAUCCAGUGUACAUUGUUCAAGAGAUGCCUCCACAGAGCCCGGCAAAUAUCUACUAUAAGGUUUGACAGCCAAGACACAAGAGAAUUUGGAGUGUUUCCUGGCCUGCUUAUUGAUACCUAAAGCUUCUCCUAAAGCAUACAGACUUCCUUCCCAUAUACAAAAUGUCUUUGGGAGAGUAUAGAUAAGACUGACAAUUCAAAGAAGGUUUCAGUAUUAAGUUCACCAAACUUGUGUUUUAAAAAAAAGAGGAAAAAAAAAGAAAAAAAGAAACGGAAGAUGACUUUUCUUUGAUGAAAGGGAGGCUGAAGAAUGGCUGUUCCUGAUAGGCCAGGAUCUUAACUCCUUUGUUUUGUUUUUCGUGCAGCCAUUCCCUCAGUAUGUAAAAGGCUUGAAAGAGGGAGGAACAUGCAAUAUAUCUCUCUCUUCUAUCUUCUAUUCCAAAUGCAAGAAAGGUUUGAAAUGAAGCAAGAAGAUGAAAGCCUCUAUUUUUUGAGUUGUGAGGAGAAGCCCUGGUUUAAAUGCUAAACAGGGACACCGCCCAACAGAUUGAGGAUUAUGAAGCAGUUGGUUCUCUGUGGCACAGGGGACAUGGAGCUGCUUCAAAUAUUUUUUUGAACUCCAACUGCUCAGGUGAUGAGACUUGCAACGCAAAAACUCUUGAUGUGGGUGGGGGUGGGGAUGCUGGGGGAAAGGAUAUUUCUUGUUUUCUUCGCAUACUCAUUUGAGUUACCCCUCACUCCAUCUUGUUUCUUGACUUUUGAUUAAAUGAUAUGUUUUUGAUGUAUUGUGAUCUAUGUAAAUUAUAAACAUACUUAUCAAUCUAUUAGUUUAUAUACAAACCCAGCUUUUACCUUUCCCCAACUCCUUUUUAAAAAAAUAUUUUGUCAAGAAAUGCAUAAGUGAUUAGCAAAGAAAUGCCAGAUAAACUUUGGCAAUUGGGGCAUAAUUGAUUGCUAGUUGGUCUUAAGGUUAGCCUAGUUAUUGUCCAGCCUAGGAUUUGUACUUGUGUUGUUGGGGUUUGCCCCAGUUGGCCCGGGCUUGCCUGGUAGAGGUAUGCAAAAAAUGAUCAACUUGCAGAGUGCAGUACUUGUUUAUGGUGGCCAUCUAGCCCAGUCUCUACCAUUCAUUUCUAUGAAAUUAUUGAGUUGUUAUUUUGCUUUCUGUUUCAAAUUGUAUAAAGCAGCAAGAUGGCAGGGCAGCUUUAAGGGAGAGAAACACUGACAUUUUUCUUCCCAGGUACAGUCACAGGUCCAUCCUGAUAUACAUUGGUGUAGGGUGCAGCUGUACUAGCAGACUCUCAGUUGGGAGUGGGUUUAUCAUUCUGAAUUUGCCUACAGGGAUUCCCAAUGUGCAACAAGUUUGUUGCAAUUACCAGCAAGUUUGAGAAAGCAGGUUCUCCAUUGCCCUUCAGAACAUGCAGGGUGAUGAGAUGUUUCAUAAAGGUGAUAUGAAAGGCCUGAAGCUUAUGGCUUGGAGUGAUUGCCAUCAGCCCCGGUGUUUUCUAUCCAUAAUACCUUCAAGUGGGAGCUCUUUCUUGAACAUUAGUCCAGUGGGCAAGUACUUGAGCUGAACCAGCUCUCUCUGUUUCUUUGGUUACUGCCGGCUUGUCAGUAUAUCAGGGGAAUCUGCUGAUGGCCACUGGACCUUUCAUGGAAACAACUUGAUGGCUGGAGAUUGAUGGCUUACUGGGCAAUUCAGUUUCAUACUUCAAAAUUGGUUAAUUCUUCUUUUCACUUCCCCACUUAUUGAGGGAAUUUAAUGUCAUAAGAAAAUAAAUAAAUAAAACUUCAGCUUGUCCGGCAAACAUCUUUCUCUGCUGCUACAUAUGUGUGUCUCACUUAACUAUGACCAAUACCCUACUGGGUCUGCUUCAGUUGUUUCCCUUAAGUUUCAAAUGCCUUAUCUAGCAUGCACCAGCUCACCUUCCCAGUCACACUCUCCCAGUCUUCUGUUCAGUUCACCAGCCAAAAAAAAACUUGUAGUUUAAUUGCCACUUAACAUAUCACAUCAAUUGAAGCUGAGAUGGAUAUGGUAGUUUGAUUGUGAUUGGACUAAUCUAUUGAUCACCUAUUUGGUAAGAAAAUCUCCACAUGCCCCACUCUUUCUGGCCAGUCCAUUAUAAUCCUGUGAUGGCAAAUGUCUAGCAUAUCAGGGAAUGGUACUGAGCAUAUGAAAGAGGAUUCCAUUCAAAGAAACACCUUUCCAAUAUAUCUUCAUUUCUGUUCUUAAGCACACUCUUUUAAUGUUUUUCUGUUUGUUAGUUGAGAAACUUGAUGGUAUCCUAUAUGCAACUUGUUACAGUAAUAAAAUAACACCCAUGCAUUUUAAGAAAACCUUUAAAAAUGGAUCAAUGAGGUGACAGUGGUCCUAACAAUAUUGUCUAAGGAUAGUAAUACCAAAUCAAAAUUACAAAGUCUGAGUGACAUGAAAAAUGAUGAGAGAGAAAGACUUGGUAGAUUACAGAGUCAAUAACAGAGGCGCAAAUCCUCAUUCUUUCCCUUCCCACAAGAAUUGGGCAUAUUUCUUCCUACAUUCUGUGAUAGAGACCACAGUGUCUGGGAAUAAAGAAAGAAUGGAGCGUUUGGCUCAGGGCAGUGUGGGUACCUGGAGGCAUUGCCAGGGAAAUAGCUAGUUCAGUCACUAUGUUUCAUAAAUCAUGCUAGCAAAAAAAAAAGCUUUCUAAAAUUAUAUUAAAGUGGCAAAGUAUGUGUUUUUGUGGGAUAAAAACAGGCUGAAGAUCUCUCAGCAAGAGCAGUCUGAGAAAAUGGUCCUUUCAAAAGUAUUUAGGAAAGUACUCCAAAAGUUAGAACAUGCUUUGAAACAAUGGUGUGCACACACUUUGAGUCCAGUUUUAUUUAUGGAGCUGGUGUGUGAGUUGGGUUCUGAAAUGUGGCCAGAAUACAAGCAUUGAAAUGGAUACAGUUUGUACUGUGAUUGAAUCAGUCUCAGAUAAAAGAGUAUUUUGAAACAUCUUGAUUAGUUACAGGUUUAAAAGGGUUUCCACACUACUCUGAUUCCUGUCCUGAUGCAAUUAGAUACUGAUGGGCCCAUUUGUUCCAGGGCAGGUGAUGCAUUUGAUUGGCUGAAUGACAAAAAUUUAGUGAAUGAAAAACAAUUAAUAGACACUCCUUCCUUCCAGACACAGCUGGUAUAAGGCAAAGGACUGCUGGAUGUACAGAUGUACAGUCUUGCUAUUCACAACUAGACAAAGAUUAAAUGAUGAAUGAAACAGACCUACAGUACGCAUGCAGAUAGACAAACAUUCACAAGCAAUUAUAUAACAUGGUUUUGAUAUGAUUGCCCACAUAGAUAGGUAUAGAUAAGCAAUUUUUCACAUUACACAGACAUGUAGGUAAGAUCUGUACACAGGAAUUCAAGGAGGAUUGUGGUUUCAUGCAUCUAUAUCCAGACAAUUGCCUCCUACCCUCAAGUAGCUGGAGCAGACAAAAAUGACUCAAGGGAAUAACACAAUCCUGUACGCGACUGAGUAAUAAAUUGCGUCAUUUGAGCAAGUUUGUGUUUCACUGGAUUGUCAAGUUUCUAGAGUGCCACAGAAGUGAUCGCAAUCACAUUCACUCCAGCAAAAGUACAUUUAAGAAAAAAUGGAGGUCUCUGUGGGAAGAACCGGUUAGAUUGGCCUUGAAGUAGGUUAAAAGGUUGGAACAACAUUUUGGGCCAAAGGGCCAAUGCUGUUCAAUGUUCUAUUUUCCAUUACAUUACACUGAAAUCAAAACAGCAAUGCACAAUUGAAUUUUGAGGUAUUGAUAUCUCAAUAUGAAGUAUGUAGGAAUUAUAUUUACAAAACUGGACCAAGUUCCACAGCUUAUUCAUUCACUGUGUUUCAGUUAUCUGUUUAUACCAUUGUAUAAAUAAUUCUAUGCUUUUGUCAAAUCACAUUUAAUAGCAUGCCCUUCCCCUAACCCCUUACAAAUCCUUUUUAAACAAGAUAGAUGCUUAUGGAUCCCAGAAUAUGCAAUAAGUUGCUAUGGAAGAGAUGAAUGCAUUUUAUCUGUAUUUUAUUCAGUUAUUGCCCUUCCUCCACUCUUCAUCCUGGAGUGCAUCAUAUAAUUUACUAUUGGCCUCUGUAAUAAUGGAGCUGAGAUGAGGAAUUCACCAUUAAAGCAGAUGCUGCCUCCACAUUAUUUUUUCUUAUGGGAAGUUUCCUAAGGAUGUUAGUGCAACCUGCCAAAUUCAAAAUUUACUAACUUCAAGUUUUCAGAUACGAGUUGGGUUGAGGGAGCUCUAAGAAUUUCAAUUAAUCCUCGUAAAUGUUCUGUAAGAUGCAUUUUAUUCCUCCUUUAUGCUCUUUCUUCAUUCUGUAUCCUCAUCUUAAUGAAGUGAAAAUGUGUUACAGUCUCUACUAGUUUCAUCAUUCAUUCCUUAUACUUAAGAAUAGAAUUCCUAAUUCCUAUCCAUUCUUCCUUCCCCAUUCCCCAGCUCGUAACUGUUUUAGUGUCCCUGAUUGUUGUAUUUAUUUUACAUUCUUUAUCCAACAUAUCUGAUUACUUGAAAUGAAAUUUCCAAGAAAAUUAUGUACAAAUUGAAUCACCUGGAACAGUAACCAGGCAUAACAUAUAGAGGACCCCAAAGUUUCUCUUGUACCUUUGCAUCUUGAUAACGAGACAAGCUUACUAAAACCCAAGUGCUGCCUGUAUUCAGUGCAUUAAAGGUGAUCUGUUAGGACAAGGCAUGAGACAGAUUAAUAUUGUGAUAUUUCCUCCUACUGACCAAUAUCGCCAAGAUGUCUCAUUAAAUCAGUCUGCAGCCACAAAUGCUUUGUGGUCUGCCCUUGAAGUGAAUAUUCAUGGUGACACAGGAUCAACCACAAGAUAAAAAUAGUUCUUGCCAUUGGAUACUAACAAUCAUAGAGAGACUCUUCAACAAUAAUAUGGUAGUGUUCAAAAAGUGGCAGUACUGUUAAAAGAAUUAAUUCUCUCCCCAGAUCGGUUAAUGUAAUCUUUCUCCCACUUUUAUACUUGUGCCCUGCUAAGACACCAAUAAGCUUUCAGCACUGUGCCUCAGUACACAUUUGUGACCUCUGAGUGUUUAUUAAUUGCAACUAUUUAAUUGCAGAGGAUUGCUGCUGGAGUUUUGAGGCUUUGGCACUGGAUAAUAAGCCUGAGUGAGAAUAGUGACUGAUACUUUCUUCCCUUUUGGAUCCAGGCACUGAACCUAUUUUUACCAUCCCUAUGACUGAGAUGUUUGGCGCGUGGCCAAGUGGUUAAGGCGCUGGACUAGCGAUCUGAAGGUCGUGUGUUCGAGCCGCAGCUGAGGGGACAUGUUGUGUCCUUCUGCAAGGCACGUAACCACACAUUGCUCCAGUCCACCCAGCUGAAAAUGGGUACCGGCAAAAUGCUGGGGGUUAACCUCACGAUAGACUGGGGUCCUAUCCGGGAGGGAGUCUCGUCCUCUCAGUCACUUAACACCACGGAAACCGGCAUAAGCACUGGCCUGAUGAGCCUAUAAGGCUCAGGACAGACUGAGAUCAACUGAAUCCACACAGACCUCUGAGGCGCCCUUCAUCUCUAUCACGUUAGAUGCAGAAUCCAACAGGAGAACAAAUUUGGAAUUUGUAACAAUAUUUCAAGUGCCUUCUCCUUCCAUCUCCAACCACAACAAUGUACACUCUAAGGUACAGCUUACAGCUAUUUUGUCCAAUUCCUGAGUAUAGAAAAGAAGAGGUCUGAAUAUUUAGCUGGCAUUAGUGUUCAUCUCAUGAACACUGUUGUUAAAGAUUCUUGAAAGGCCAAAACUAACAGUACCUAGUGCUCAGACAUUGAAACAUGAUGGUAAUAGGAUAAUACAGAUUCCAUGAUGGUAGAGGGGAAUGACAUACCAAAAGACAUAUGAAAGUUUUGUUGCAACAAGUGAGAAGAUUGUUUCCACCUGUUUCAAGCUGUUGACAAUCCAGGCAAAUUCCCCCUCUUAACUUCAGCGGUGAUUGCUAUUCAUUAGUUAUUUGAAGAGAUAGAUAGGCACCAUCCACAGACCCUGCCAUAACCAACUUUCAUGCCAUCAAUAAAGUGUAAUCUAUAGUACAUAAAACAUUGUACACCUGCCCAAGAAUCUUAAAAGUAACUCCAAAUUGUUAGCCAAUGAAGUAAUAGAAAGAGCAUAACAUCAAUCAACUUGAGUUAGAGCCAGCUUAUUUCAAUGCAAAGAUCAAAACACACCACAGAUAUUUUGAUAACUUCAAUGACAGAAUGGAGUUGAGAGGGGAAAAUAAAUCGGAUGUGAUCAAACGGCAGAGCUGACUCAAUGGGCUGAAUGGCCUUAUUUUUCUCCUAUGCCUUAUAACUUCACUCAGAUAGAUAGCACAAUGCUUUUUUUAAAUAGCCAAACAGCACCAACAGGAUAAAUUGCAGGACUAGAAUUUGAUGGAAAUGUUAUAAAGGUAUAUGGAUAUUCAGUGCUGAUACAGUAAACAAACUGUAAGUCACAUUACUCCUUCCUAUUCUGCCCUCUAUGUCCUUCAUCCAUGUGUAUGUAUAAAGCUUUUGAAUGUGCACAAUCAUUUCAUAUGGUAUUGGUUUUGUUGUUUUAUCACACUGUGUAAAGCAACACCUCUACAAUAUUUUUCUGUGGCCAUUUUAUAACUAUGCCUUCUUGCACCGACCUCACUCACAAGUAGUAUCAGAUUCUCAAUGACUCUAUCAAAUUUCUUCAUGAUUUUAAAUACCUCUGUUUCCCAGCGCAAUGAAUUUCUUACUGUUGAGCAUUUCCUGAUUUUUGGAGUCUUUCAAUUCUGGCAACUGCCUUGUUAAAAACUUUUUUUUUAUAUCUUGGUGUCCUUCUUUGAAGUAUGAAAAGGGGAACUGUCCAUGGCAUGCCAGGUGUGGUCUAACCAAGGUUUUGUAUAAAUUCAACAUCAACUUCCUGCUUUUGAUUUAUUCCUAAAAUAAACACUUUAUGGCUUUGUAAUUGAGCGCAUUGGAAGGUUAUUCUUCAUCAAUUAGCCCUGCUCCUCUGCACUUUAUCCUAAUCAGCCUAUUGGAAGAAAAUCCAGCCAUAUCAUAAGCAUUCACACAGGAGAUUCUGCAGCAUGUGUUCUCUCCACCGCUCGUCCAACAUAGCUCACAAGUUAAUCCUUUGUGGCAUAUCCUUCAACUAAUGGCCAAAGCCUUCCUUGACAGCACCUCUCAAACCACAAUUUAUUGCCAAGCAAUGCAGGGGUUGCAUAUGCUUGGGCAGUGAAUGCAUAGGUGCACACUAAAUCUGGAGAUCCCCCCCCCCCCGCACCCCCACCCACCAUACUGCUUACUCAGGUAGACAGACAACAGCACUGUGGGAAAACCUUCACCACAUGAACUGUUCAACAAAUUAAAUUUCAUUACUUUCUUAAGCAACCAGGACGAAUAAAGAAAAUAAAAGUUCAACCAUCCAAUAAGUAUAAAGAAUCACAAUAUCAUUCUAAAACACACAAAAUGCUGGAGGAGCUCAGCAGGCCAGGCAGCAUCUAUGGAAAAGAGUAUAGUACAUGUUUCAAACCGAGACUCUUCAGCAGGGUCGUCCCGAAACAUCUCGCAGUACUUCUUCCACAGAUGAUGCCCGACCGGCUGAGCUCCUCCAGCAUUCUGUAUGUGUUACUUGGAUUUCCAGCAUCUGCAGAUUUUCUCUUGUCUGUGACGACACCCAUUCUGGUAGGUCUGCUAAUUGCCUUAAGUUUGUCGUCUCUGGUUAUUGACGCUCCUGUAAGUGAAGACUAUCAAAACAUAUUUUUUUUAGUGACUUGUGUGUAUCAUAAUUACCCCAUUUAAAUUCAAAUGUUCCAAGGAAUAGUGGAUUCCUGGUGCCAAAAUGACCUAUCUCAUAUUUCACCAAAUGGAUUCUUCCCCACUCCCUUUGUGUCUUUUAGUGUUGUGUUGCAGUUUUCUGUGUUGUUUGCAGUUAUUUUCAAUAAAGUUAAGCACUAUGCUUCCAAUUCUUACACCUCUCUAUUAAUGUAAUAUUGCUGUAAUAUCUCUGCUUUUCAUUGACCUACAGAGUCUAUGUGCAAUGAGCUGUAACAAAUUUUAUGGAAGAUCCAGUCUUUAGAAUAAAUAAGUAGAGGUUUUUCAAAGCAGGAUGUUGGAGACUAGGAGUUGAGUGGAUGGCAGAAGACUGGAUCGCAGUGUUCUAAUUAUUAUUUUUUUAGUGUAAAGGGCAAAAGACUCAUUGUUAUACUGUAAGUAGCAACAAUGUAAUGUCCAGAAACAAAUCUUUGUGAACACAUACUCACUACACAAGAAGAUUAGAGGAAUUCUUACCAAUGCGGUUUAGAUCAAGUCAAAGAGUGAAAUAUACAGAAAGAAAUCUGCAUACAUACAUGAAGCAGGGUAUAAUAUUGCAGUGAAGUUGUAAUAUCGCUUACGAAGUCUCCAGUCACCAAAUUUCUAUCAAUCAGCCACAUUUCACACUGCUUCCGAGUCUGAAAUUCAGUGCUUUUAUGUUUUAAAUAUUAAUAAAAUAUUGUAUUGAAUUUUGA